AUGGAGCAUGAGGGGUGGCAGCACGGGGCAGCAUGGGACAAGGGUGGGCAGCACGGGGCAGCAUGGGACAAGGUGGGCAGCACGGGGCAGCAUGGGACAAGGGUGGGCAGCACGGGGCAGCAUGGGACAAGGGUGGGCAGCACGGGGCAGCACGGGACAAGGGUGGGCAGCACGGGGCAGCACGGGACAAGGGUGGGCAGCACGGGGCAGCACGGGACAAGGGUGGGCAGCACGGGGCAGCAUGGGACAAGGGUGGGCAGCACGGGGGCAGCAUGGGACAAGGGUGGGCAGCACGGGGCAGCAGCAUGGGACAAGGGUGGGCAGCACGGGCAGCAUGGGACAAGGGUGGGCAGCACGGGGCCAGCAUGGGACAAGGGUGGGCAGCACGGGGCAGCAUGGGACAAGGGUGGGCAGCACGGGGCAGCAUGGGACAAGGGUGGGCAGCAGACGGGGCAGCAUGGGACAAGGUGGGCAGCACGGGGCAGCACGGGACAAGGGUGGGCAGCACGGGGCAGCAUGGGACAAGGGUGGGCAGCACGGGGCAGCAUGGGACAAGGGUGGGCAGCACGGGGCAGCAUGGGACAAGGGUGGGCAGCACGGGGCAGCAUGGGACAAGGGUGGGCAGCACGGGGCAGCAUGGGACAAGGGUGGGCAGCACGGGCAGCACGGGACAAGGGUGGGCAGCACGGGGCAGCAUGGGACAAGGGUGGGCAGCACGGGGCAGCAUGGGACAAGGGUGGGCAGCACGGGGCAGCAUGGACAAGGGUGGGCAGCACGGGGCAGCAUGGGACAAGGGUGGGCAGCACGGGGCAGCACGGGACAAGGGUGGGCAGCACGGGGCAGCAUGGGACAAGGGUGGGCAGCACGGGGCAGCACGGGACAAGGGUGGGCAGCACACGGAGCAGCAUGGGACAAGGGUGGGCAGCACGGGGGCAGCAUGGGACAAGGGUGGGCAGCACGGGGCAGCAUGGGACAAGGGUGGCAGCACGGGGCAGCAUGGGACAAGGGUGGGCAGCACGGGGCAGCAUGGGACAAGGGUGGGCAGCACGGGGCAGCAUGGACAAGGGUGGGCAGCACGGGGCAGCAUGGGACAAGGGUGGGCAGCACGGGGCAGCAUGGGACAAGGGUGGGCAGCACGGGGCAGCACGGGACAAGGGUGGGCAGCACGGGGCAGCAUGGGACAAGGGGGGCAGCACGGGGCAGCAUGGGACAAGGGUGGGCAGCACGGGGCAGCAUGGGACAAGGGUGGGCAGCACGGGGCAGCAUGGGACAAGGGUGGGCAGCACGGGGCAGCAUGGACAAGGUGGGCAGCACGGGGCAGCACGGGACAAGGGUGGGCAGCACGGGGCAGCAUGGGACAAGGGUGGGCAGCACGGGGCAGCAUGGGACAAGGGUGGGCAGCACGGGGCAGCAUGGGACACGGGUGGGCAGCACGGGGCAGCAUGGGACAAGGGUGGGCAGCACGGGGCAGCAUGGGACAAGGGUGGGCAGCACGGGGGCAGCAUGGGACAAGGGUGGGCAGCACGGGGCAGCAUGGGACAAGGGUGGGCAGCACGGGGCAGCACGGGCAAGGGUGGGCAGCACGGGGGCAGCAUGGGACAAGGGUGGGCAGCACGGGGCAGCAUGGGACAAGGGGGGCAGCACGGGGGCAGCAUGGACAAGGGUGGGCAGCACGGGGCAGCAUGGGACAAGGGUGGGCAGCACGGGGCAGCAUGGGACAAGGGUGGGCAGCACGGGGCAGCAUGGGACAAGGGUGGGCAGCACACGGGCAGCAUGGGACAAGGGUGGGCAGCACGGGGCAGCAUGGGACAAGGGUGGGCAGCACGGGGCAGCAUGGGACAAGGGUGGGCAGCACGGGGCAGCGGGGGGGGGUGGGCAGCAUGGACAAGGGUGGGCAGCAGGGGGGCAGCACGGGGCAGCAUGGGACAAGGGUGGGCAGCACGGGGCAGCACGGGACAGGGGUGGGCAGCACGGGGCAGCAUGGGACAAGGGUGGGGGCAGCACGGGGCAGCAUGGGACAAGGGUGGGGCAGCAAGGGCGGGGCAGCACGGGGACAAGGGUGGGCACACGGGCCAGCAGGGUGGCAGCAUGGGACAAGGGUGGGCAGCAUGA